GUUUUUUUUUAUUUAGAGCAAAUAUCGUUUAGUGUACAGUUCAUCAACUUAGUUAUUCUAACAAUGUCUGUCCGGCGAAACGUUCUUAACGUGGUUAGGAACUACUCUGAUGCGGAGAUAAAAGUCAGAGAAGCGACCUCAAACGACCCGUGGGGACCCUCAAGCUCCCUAAUGUCCGAGAUCUCAGACAUGACGUACAAUGUCGUCCAAUUUUCUGAAAUUAUGACAAUGAUUUGGAAGCGAGUAAACGACCACGGCAAGAACUGGCGUCAUGUGUACAAGUCACUUGUUCUGCUUGAUUAUCUGAUUAAAACUGGUUCGGAACGUGUUGCCCAGCAGUGUAAAGAGAACAUAUUUGCCAUUCAAACAUUGAAAGAUUUCCAGUUUAUUGAUCGUGAUGUUAAAGACCAGGGAUCCAAUGUGAGAGAGAAAUCCAAACAACUCGUAAACCUUUUAAAAGAUGACGAAAGGUUAAAAACCGAGCGAGAACGAGCCAUGAAAGCUAAAGAGAGGUUUGCACAGGCCACCACUGGCAUAGGAAGCAAUCACAAGGUUGUCUAUGGUCACGGUAGCAGCACUCCAAAACAACGAGGCACUCCAGAAUUCCAGCCAAGCAACAGCAACCGAAACGCCGCUAAACUAGGUUUAGAUAUAGAACAGGCUCGACCACAAACUGCUGGAGAAGAAGAACUACAGCUUCAGAUCGCCCUCUCCAUGAGUAAAGAGGAAGCAGAAACUGACAAAAAGAAAGCUGAAAGUGAUAAUGUCAGGUUAGAGUUGGCUUUGUCCGAGAGCGUUAAAAAAAACGACACCCCUGCUCCCAAGUCCAACCUUGUAGACCUUACAGCGGCCGCUCAGUCACUCAAGGACCCUUGGGGAGGUUCACCAGAGACUGCACGCGCUGCCCCAGUUGAUCCAUUCGCGUCAAUAAACAACCAACCAAGCUCAACAGAUCCAUGGGCGAUACCAACAAAUGCUCCUGCAGUUAACGUUGCACCUGCUGCUGAUCCAUGGGCGCUUGGUGCAACCAAUACACAGCAGAGUGAUCCAUGGGCUAACCCACCUCAAACUAAAAUUGAUCAAUCUGCAUCUUUUGAUCCUUUUGCAUCCUUGGACACCUCCACCUCUACUGCUCCUGUGGGAGGUGUAAAAGUCUUUGAUCCGAUGUCGAUGCCAAUUUCAACCUCCAACCAACCAUUUGAUUUCACAUCACUUGACAACUCCCUCCAAACCAACCCCACCACAUCAACAACUGAGCCAAUUAAACCAAAGAAAAGUGCCAUGGAUUUCUUAGGGGGCGCAUCUGACCUCGUAAACCUUGACAGCCUCGUUACUCGCCCCCCCACGCAACAACAACCCGUGAAUCCAUUUUUGUCCUCAACUUCACCUUACCAUCAACCAGCGCAGGUUUCGCCAUCUUUAAACCAGAUGAAAGGUUUAAAUGGAACUCCAGGCCCUGCUAUGGGUACAACGAUCAUGCCACAAACGAUACCUGUAGCCAACAUGAUGCCAAUGCAAAGCCAACCUGCAGUAAACCCCUAUGGUUACCCCUCAGUUGCCCCACCUUCGUAUGGUAUGCCAGUCAUGAGUGGUGGUAUGCCUAUGAACCCAGGGAUGAUGGGAAUGCAGCAACAGCCUGGCAUGAUGGCUGGUAUUCCAAACACUAUGCCUGCAAGUGGGGCAGUGGGUAUGCAGUCGAGCAACAACCCAUUCCUGUGAUGAUUUUGAGCAAAACGCUCCUUGCAGCAGUGCAAUUUAUCCCAAUUCAAUUUGCUAAUAACUGCCUACUAGAUCCGAACAAGAAACCAAAAAGAAAAAUAUGGCUUCACAGUUAAACAUGUCAAAUAUAUGAUAUAUAUUGGUGCAAAGUAUAAAGUGGAUUGAUCUUACUUCAAACUGUGAUUUUUAAAAUAUUGUAAAAAAUUUAAAACUUCUGCAAACUAUUAAAAAUGUGUAGAAAGCUUCUUAUUAAUAUGAAAAAUAUAAAGUACUUUUGACAUCAAACUGGUUAAAAUUUGUGGGUAUAAGUUUGUAACCUGGUCCCACACCUACUAUUUCUUCAUAGUUUGGAUUCAACAGCAUAUUAUAUUACUUUCAUUACAUUACAAAUGUUUAUACUUACAUCUAUCUUUCCAUUUUUACAUAAACCAGUCAAGCAGAAGCACGCAAACACUUUCUACAUCAUUUCAAAUCAAGCUGCAAACAUCAGAAACAGCUGUGACCAUAAACAUAUUCUUAUCGCUGCUAAGCUGUCUUUAUGAUAAGGCAUGUCUGUUUCUGCAGCACAGACCAGAUGUGAAUACUCUUGUCUGCAGUUCUUUAUAUUGAAUGUAUAUUUUUUCAUUUUUAGACCACAUUGUCAGUUAUUUCAGUUUAGAUUGUUUUGUAAAUAGCGUGUAAAUUACUUGUUGCAUCUUUUCUUAAAGUGUAUCUGGCCCCUGCGCAGACACUUACCCAGUAUUAAAGUGUAUGGUGAAUUUGUACAGCACUCUGCACUAUCCCUUAACUCAUACUCAUCUCUUGGAAAAAUUAAAAUAUCGUAAGUUUUUUUGGGGUGUCAGAAAUGUGCGUUGUGGCCAUGAUUAAUCUAAUUGUCGUUUGUACAGAAUUUGCAGUUUAUCUCUUCUAUUUAUUACCAUAUUUGUGUGACUAUAUUAAUUUUAACUCCUUUUAUAUAAUUAGUAUGUUGAUCGUUUUCGUUUUACAAUAGAUCUAGAAAAGAAACAAUAUCUCUGCAUGCAUUACAAAACUAUCAUAAGAUCCAAACUUUAUCCAAACUUUUCUAUCAUAAAUCUCAUAUCACUGUUAAAACUGAUGUUAAAUUUAAUUUCAAGUGCAGAUACAAAGAUAACGAUGGUGUAAUGGUGUAAUUCAACUCCCAAAAUACUUUGAUAGUACCAGAUCUAAACGACUUUAUCCAUAAAUGACAUUUUUCCCGCAGUUAAACUUAUUCACUGUACAAUACCUCGAUUUAUAUGCCACCAACUGGUUUCUUAUACAGGCAAAGUUAAACAUAUGACACUCGCUUCGCUGUCGUAGGUUUGUAACCCGUCAUCAGAAUCAUACCAAUAAAACAUAUCCUGUUUUCA